GCGGCUCGCUCCUCCCCUCAGCGCCGAGGCGGAGCGGGGCGGCGGCGGCGGGCGGGCUCAGCGCGCCCCCAUGGCCCUGGCGCCGGACCGGCGGGCACGGUAGCCGGCGGUCCCGGCGGGCGGGCUGGACAUGAGCCUCGCGGCCGCGCUCCGCGCAGCGGCCGGCGGCUGAGCCACAAAGAAGUUGCGGCGGCGGCGGCGCGGCGCGGCGCUCCCCCCUGCGCGCCCCCAGCCGCCGGCGCCGGGCGCCGACCCCGCCAUGAAGCCGCGCGCGGGGCUGCACAGCAGCCCCGACCUCAGCCGGGCCACGCGGCUGAGCGUGGGGGAGCUGCGCUCCCUCUUCGAGGCUCGCUGCGCCGCCGUGGCCGCCGCCGCCGCCCGGCAGCUGCCCGACCCGGCCAAGCGGGGCUGCCGCCCCCCCAACGGCGUGCUGCCGCCCGUCAUCCCCCGGCUCACCGUCACCGCCGAGGAGGGCGAGGAGGCGCAGGGCAGCCCCAAGGCGCCGCCGCCGCACCCGGAAGGCGCCUGGCUGAGGACGGACAGCUCGUUGCACCUGCAGUCCCGGCGGCUCUCCACCUCCUCGCUCUCCUCCACGGGCUCCUCGUCGCUGCUCGAGGACUCCGAGGAUGACCUGCUGAGCGACACGGAGGGCCGGAGCCAGGGCAUCGUGCACCUGGAGCACGGCGAGGACACCAACCAGAAAAAGGCAUGGCAUACGAUUAAAACCAUGGUUAACUUACCAGUCAUCAGCCCCUUCAAGAAACGCUACUCCUGGGUGCAGCUGGCUGGGCAUACAGGGAGUUUCAAGGCAGCUGACAGUGGGAAGAUUCUCAAGCGUUUCUCAGAGAAUGAAAAGGAGUGUUUUGAGCGACUGAUGAAAGAUCCGCUACGCUCCUGUGUUCCUUGCUUCCACGGUGUGGUGGAGAGAGAUGGCGAGAGCUACAUUCAGCUGGAUGACUUGCUUACUGAUUUUGAAGGGCCAUGUGUGAUGGACUGUAAGAUGGGGAUCAGGACAUACCUGGAGGAAGAGUUGACUAAGGCCCGUGAGAAACCAAAGCUGCGUAAGGACAUGUACAAGAAAAUGAUUGAAGUGGAUCCUCUUGCUCCUACAGCAGAAGAGAAUGCGCAGCAUGCUGUCACCAAGCCCCGAUACAUGCAAUGGAGGGAAACCAUCAGCUCCAGUGCCAACCUGGGCUUCAGGAUUGAAGGGAUUAAGAAGGCAGAUGGAACAUGUAACACAAACUUCAAAACUACAAAGACACAGGAGCAAGUUCUCCAGGUUUUUGUGGAAUUCAUUGAGGGUAACACAACUAUUCUGAAAAAAUACCUCAAGCGUCUGCAGGAAAUUCUUGUCAUUCUUGAGUCCUCAGACUUCUUCAAGCGACAUGAGGUCAUUGGAAGUUCACUACUUUUUGUACAUGAUGACAGUGGGAAUGCCAAUGUGUGGCUGAUUGAUUUUGGAAAGACCACCCUUCUGCCUGAUGGGCAGACGCUGGAUCACAGAAUUCCCUGGCAAGAAGGCAACAGGGAAGAUGGGUACCUGUUGGGACUGGACAAUUUGAUUGGCAUCUUGGAAAGCAUCACUGAAAGAUGAGAUGAGCAUGGCACAAAACUCACAGGGCUGCUUUGUAACUUUCCGCUCUACUGGGAUUGCUCAGUUAGAAGGAAACCUCUUUAAUUCCCUCCAAGCUCCUGGGGGAUCAUUACACUGCAGAGGGAGCUACAUCCAGAGCCCAGCUGUUAGUGAUCAAAAUGACUGCAUCAGCCCUGUGUGAACCUGAUUAACUCCAGAUUGGUCUGUAUUGCACCAGCCUAACUUUGGACUGGUCCUCAGAGAAUCAGGAUCUCCACACUCAGGAAUCACACCAGCAUGAGUCAAGAGGUCUGUACGGUAAACCCAGAAUGAUUCUGAUUUCAGGCAAACAGAUGUGACUCUAGGGUACCUCUUAGUGAACCAGAGCAAGUGCUUGGGCAUUCAGGGUAGGGAUAGCUGAAUUUUUCAGGGAACGGCACAGUUUUGAAACCAGCAAGAGUGGUUUUUUUCCCCCCAAAUUCCAAGGCUCCUUGCUCCCAUGUAUGCUAUGGGUUGGGCCAACAACAGCUGUUGCACUGUGUUACAGUGUGUGUGAGGUGGGAAAUUGGUGAUAAGUGCAAGAAACCUGGACCAAAGGGAGACACCAGUUGGUAGCAGAGAUUGCAUUAGUGGAUGGAUGUAGUAACUGCUGUUGACUAUUCCUCCUCUUCCCUACACUAGCCUCAGUUCAUUUCUGUCAGAACAGCUUUUGCUUUUUAUGUAGCCUCUCAGGAGAUUACAGAUACUCUAGUGAGAGAACAGCACUGUAUUGUCUGCAAAAACAUUUGAUUUUUUUCAGACUGGCUGGGCUGUUGAAAAAGGGGCUAGGAUGGCAAGGCUGACCUCUUGCAGGUGAACUGCAGUUCUGAAAAAUGAGUAACAACUCUUUUUUGGUGCACAGUGUGGGGCACAAAGGAUUUUUUUUCAGGAUUUGAUUAUUUUUAAAGCUAAAAGCCCUAUAUACAUACUCACACACUAGUAACCCCGCUACCAAUGUGUGUUUUUUGUUUUGUUUUUUGUUUUUUUGGGUUUUUUUUUUUAGACCAUAGUUUUGACUCUCUAGCAACAGACAUGAAAGAGGUAAUUUCUUGGCCCUGUUCAUCCUAUUCCCAAAUAUGAGGAUGCCACUUGAAUAUACAGACCAGCAUGGAGAUUAUGAGGGAAAUGUUUUUGCAUUUACAACAUUACACUAAUGGUGAGAUCCAUUCCUAGGCAUCUUCCCUCUGAGGUAUCAGCUGUUACCUCAGGGGGAAUUUGGGGGGAAUGAAUGUCAAUAAAUCACAUCCCUAAUCCCUGUCUGGAGUCACAGGACCACCUGUGGUUGAUUCUUUUUUGACAUCGCCCAGGCAUAGCCACAGAAAAUUCAGUUUGGUGGGUUAAAAUCAAGAAAGACUGAAGUGAUACAUUAUCUUGUGAUGGCAUCUCUGCUUGCCUCUGAUCACUUGAACAGUUCUUUAAAUGCUAGCAGUAUAAGUACUAUCAGAAUAUAAAUACUAUCAAUAUGCAUCCGUUCAUUCAAAGUUCAAAAAGGUGGAGUGGGGAUUCUGUAGGAAGCACUAAGAAGUGGAAAUGUUUUAGCCUAAAACAGAAAUUGUUUGGAACCAGUAAUUAUUUUUGCAGCUCACUGCAAAGUCAAAAUUGUUCUGUGGCCUCCCAGAGUCCCUCUCAGUAUUAUUGUCAUGAUAUGUUAAUGAAUUUUCUUUCCACUUAAGUGUUUCAAAAGGUUUACACUUAGAGAAAAUAGAGCUGUAGAAUGGCUGCAAGUUGUUUGAAAGAUAGGAUUUCAAGAAACUUUGUUUUCUAGGUUUUUUUGUUUGUUUGUUUUUUAAGUGAAGGUGAUCCUUCAGUAGCAAGCAUGCAUAUUAUUCCAGAUUUCGCCAAACUUUUGAAUUUUUAUGAGCUGACAAAUUAAUCUGUGAAUUUCAUAGAAUUAAGUUUUCCUCCUUCCUUACCUGAAGCCACCAGGUAAACCAUCAAUGCUUAAAGAGAAUAGAAGUUAAUGAGGUAUCACAGGAGAGGACUUUAAUAAGAAUACCUUUUCUAUUAAAAAUCUCUGCAAUUUCAAGCAGUCCUACCACAAUUAAAACUGUAACUAGAGAAGUUAGAACUGAGACUGUUGAGGUGAUACAAUUGGUUUUCAUGUCUAAUUUUAAUUAACCUCCAGAGUUAAAUUUCUUUCUUAUGUUAUCACACAUGUGAACCUCUUGUGCCAGUGCAACUUAUUUUCGGGGGUGUGUGUGGAAUUUUAAAGGUAAAAACUGAUGCUUAAAUAUCAGAGGAGAAUUUGACACAAACUUUUAGAAUGACUGUUUAGCUCUAAUGGAGAACUAGAAACAAUGUGAUACCAGUAGCUUCCAAAAACCUACUGCUGCUAGUACCCGCAAGGAUGGUUUGCAGUACAAAGUCUUGGGGGAAAACACGGGAAAUAAUCCAUUCCUGUGCAGUAGUUGCAAAGGAUAGGAAAAAAGAUGACCUCUACUACAGCAGACCUUGGACUGGAAACUCAGUUUAGAUCAGAAAUAGUUCAAACAUGUUUGUUUUGAAAUGGCCCUUUUGCUUUUCAUGGUGUUAGAAGGGAAGAAGCCACAAUCUAUUCUACUGCUGUUACAGGAAAAAAAGAGGAGGAGGGAGCUUUUAAUUAGCAAACUGCAAGUGCAGGACUCCAAAUGAGGACUGGAGAUUAAGGGGCUGGAGCCUAUGAGCUCAUGAGCAAAUUACCACAGGGUAAGUUAGAUAUUUUGACUCACAUCAGAUGUCCCAGAGUGCCUGCCUGUGUGCACUCUCUUGCUAGCAUGCGGAAGCAGCAUAGCCUUCUUUCACUGUGGGGUACAUCAUUACCUUGAACAAGCUUCCAUUUACUGAAGCAUCAACAUAAUGCCUUUUUCCAGGCAUUUACCGUAAAAGAGCUGAUGCAUGAUGACCAAGACACUUGUUCACAUAUGAGUCCAGAACAUAGCUCUUCAGUGCCUCAGCUGAGAUACUGCCUCACUCCGGAGACACUGAAAGUACCUGUGUUUCCAUGGCAUGGUGAGAUGUGCCGGCCCAGAGGCACUUUGGUGCUGUACAGCUAACCUUGAGCUGGAGUGCCAUUAGGCACCAAGGUCCUCACUAGUUAGAUGCAGCAAUGCUCAGUGCUGUAGCUGCUUCAUUCGUGUGUGAAUCUAGCAGUAGGAUGCAUCUUCCCAACUUUGUCAAUGACUUGCUUUUUGGCCUUUACAAGUAUCUCCUAGGCCUCAGUUUUGUUCCUAUUUUACAGAUGGGAAUAGUACCUACUUACCUCACAGGAAUGGUGUGAGGCACCACAAAUGAAAAUGUGAAAUGCACAAACAAAUACAUUGUCUAAGUUAAAAACGAUGGGUGUUGUGGCUCCACAAGGAUAUAAAUUUGGAUGAAAUUUAACUAAAGUGGUACAAAUCAAAUCACUCUUCAUGUUAUACAGAGGGAGAAUUCACUUAACAUCAUCUGAUCCAGUUCCUAUUAUAUGGAAAAAUUUCAAAGUGAGUUGGACCAAACUCCUAAGUAUCUCGGCGGGCUCUUGCUUAUCUUUUUUUUGUAUUGCUGUUAUUAUUAUUUGUUAUUCUUAAGGUACUGAGAUCAAAUGGCCUGUAUCAUCCACAGUGCAUCCGUUCUGAACACUACAAUGCAAUGCUGACCACGGUCACUUUUGACAUUGACUGUAUUGGUUGAGUGUUUGUUACUCCAGAGUGUGUAUGCUACUAAAUAAAUGAGACUGGAGAAAAAAAAAAAGAUAUAAACUAUGA